UCGUAAACGUCAGGGACGUUUUGUGAUAAAAAGCCUUAUAUAUACAAUGCGCUAGCUAUCCAUUGAGCACAAGACUAGAAGACUUUGGUUGAGCUUUCAUCAAUGGCAGGUUCUCAAACAGAAGUUAAAAUAUUGAACCAACAAGAACCGUCGGGAGACGGUAACCGCUUUCCUGGUCCUGGUAGACGGAUUGUUGAUCAAGAACCCCCGAGAGAAAGCAUUAAAGAAGAGCUUCCUCCAGUGAAUAUGCAUAGGUCCCAGAUUGGUGACAAUACUGUUACGGCAGGCCGGAACAGUCGGGAUGUUGGAGCGUCAAACUUUGAUAAUGUACAAGGUCCAGAGCAAGCCCAACGUGAUGGUUACGACAUUCGUGGCAAUACAGUUACUGGAGGUGAAGGAGCCAGUCGUAUUGGAUUUCACAACUUUGGCAACACCACACCUGGCUGGAACUGUAGGAUCCUGUAGUUUGGGAGAAAAAGAAGCUGAAUCGAAGUUAGCAUAAACCAAUUGAAGAAGGACAUGAUCAAUAAAAAGAAAAACGUAGUCUGUUCUUCCAUGCUUUAAUUUUUCAUUUUUCAUUUUAGCUUUAAGGUUAAUGGUGUGUAUUCGAUGUACGAAAAUAAGAGCUGAUACAGCAAAGAUCUAGGCAAGUUCAAAAUAUCAAGAAAUGGCAUCUGCAAUUCUGAUCAGUCUUGUCCAUUCUUCUGUCAUCACUUCCUGUAAUGUUUUCACCAAUAAUAGAAUGAGCCACACUUGAAGGAAC